AUGGAAAGAAUUCGCAAACUUGAUGACAUAGACGUUGCUCAGGUCCAGACACCAUCAGCCAAACGUGCCCGUAGCUUAUCUAUUGAGCAACAACACGAGCAAGGUCGGCUGCCCGUGCAUUACGAGUCAGGCUCACCUCCAGCCUCAUCCACCACCUCAGGAGAAACUUGCGACUCCCCUCGCAUAUUAACUGAGGCUGUAGGCAAGGACUCCGACAGUGAGAUCAAGCAUCAAAGUGCCAGCCGUCACGUCUCGAGCGGUAUCCAAACAUCUGACUCUCCUGCCAACGAUCACCUUCCUUCUCUGGAAUCUCACUUUCCCCGAGGUAUCGCAAAGCAUACCUUUCCUGAUAGCUACGACGUUCCUUCGCCUCAAGCUGACCAUCCAAGUGGCAUCGAAGGAGAUCCUUUUCCUGACAGCUACGAUAUCCCUCCCUCGCCCGUUCAUGUCCCCAGUAGGAUUGAAAGAGCUCAACUCCCUAGCCUCUACGACACCUCUUCACCACCAGUCCAUAUCUCUAAGGGUCUCGAAGGAGUUCACUCUCCAAACAGCUACAAUCUUCCUUCCUCACCACCAAACUUAGACUUCAGCUCGACUCUGAAGGAAUCGUCACCUGGCAUGACUCCGGAGCAGGCACAGAAAGAGUUCGAGAAGCAACACCACUUUUACAAUGAUCCAGACGCAAGGCCUGUCAAGGAGUACUAUGCUCAGUUCUUCAGCCCUGAACUGGGACUCUGCAAGAGAUCUUCAAGGCUUUCGAGGAAUCGCUCACAUUUCGAAUUCCUGUAUAGGACACGUGGCGCUGCCAUUAUAGAUCUAGCUCGUGCAAUCCUCGGCCGCUCAAGAGGCUCACCGACUGCAAAGGAAAAGGUCCCUGCGCUGCAGGCAAUUGCCAAAAAAUAUUCCAUCCUCGGUGAGAACGACUUCGCUUGCAAGCUCCUUGGUAUCCUUCUUGAUGAGGCCCGCAUGGUGCCCAAUCCUGGGAUUGCGCCAGGGCAAGCUCUAGCAGUCGACGAUUUCAUGCCAGAUCCCAAAGCUUGGAGCGAAGAUCUCCUGGCUAUCUUCGACAGGACCGUAUCUAAACCUCUCACCAAACAAAUCCAUCAUCCCUUCCUAGCGGGCGAAGUCAAGACCAAGGAUCGACCUAUUGCUGAAGCAGAAGUCCAGUGCCAGCGCACUGGUAGUGCCAUCGUAUCCUACACAGCCGACUGGAAUGAUGAAGCCAGGGGCAAGCCGCGUUCGGGGCCCUUCACCAGUCUACCACAAGUCGAUGUCGACAAGGACAACUCCGAUCCAGACCCUGACUCUAUCUGCUUUACCGUGGCUAUUGCGCCAAAUUCCUGCUUUAUGUUCGUCAACUGGCGGGAGCUCUGGAGCAAUGGCGCAGUGUACUGGCAUACGAGCGUUCUGGAUCAGUACUCACUGCAACACGGGCUGGACGCGACCACUGAAAGGUUUCAGCGAGACAUCAGCAACAUUGUCGAUUGGGGCCUAGGCGAGCGUGCGACUAAGAUAUACGAACAAGCGCGAGCAAUGGCGAAGAGAAAGACGGGAAGAGAUGAUGACUUGCCGGUUAUAGAACCAAAGCAGCAACGAAUAGGGCCCUCGGAUGAUUCAGACUGA